AGUAUAGUGUAGGAUCCAUUGUUUUUCUACUUUGCCUCACACCGCAGCCUCUGCUGCUUCAGUUUCGACCAUUCAUUAAAUUGUAUGGACGUGCAGUACUUCAGUGAAAUGAGCCUUUAUAUCCACACAGAAAACAGAUUUUGGAUGUUGGUGCCCGAGAUUGUUGAUAAGGGAGAUAAAAAAGAAUGUGUCAUUAUUCUGAUAGAGAGGGGAAAUUGUUGGGCAGAUGACCCGGCUCGGGUCAACUCGACCCUAAACGAGUCAAUAAUCCGGAAGUGUAGUUUUGUAUGGCCAAAUGAAAAAUGCCGUCAUCAUCCCUGAGCUGAGGGAGCCUGUGGUAGAGCCAGCUGCCAGCCGGAGCGCAGAGACUGGAGCAGGGCAGAGGAGAUGACUGCUAGCUGAAAAAUGUCACUGUGGACGGACAAGCCGGUGGCAGUGUGACGGUCGGAUCUGAGCAGACUCUGCAGCCUGCUGCCAGCAACAGCUCCUGGGGUUGGAUAGAGGAGGGGAGCCGGAGGGAUGAUGGGAAGCAGAGGUGGAGGAGCGGGCAGCAGUGGAGCCGCUAAGGAGCAGUGCAGAGAUGUGCUGUGAAUGUGACACCGAAGCAAACAUAACGGUGGCUCCGCUAGCUAACGGCAGCUAGCUAGCCAGCUAGCCGGUCCGUGCUGCGACUUCAUGUGAGCUUCAUUUGCUUUCACGGUGCAAGUCAUACCGACUGGUUCACAGCGGCAUGUGAGAGGAUGUCUGAAGGAUAAGAUCUGAGGAGUCACGCUCCCUCAACCCAAAGUGACCCCACUUUCCCCCUUUUUUUCACUUUAACCUCCCCGUGUUUGACUCUGCGUGUCCUGUCUCAGCUCAUCUCCCUGUCUGUAUGGGAUUUCCCGGAAUGCAUGCAUUACACAGUGGGAACAUGUGAAUCGUCUUUAAACUGGACAGUCCUCCUCCUGAUGCCCUCCUGACCAAAAGAUAGGAUGACGCUCAAAUCUGAAAAACUUGUGUGAAAAAAUAAUGCGACUGGAUAUCAGCUUGGUGCCCAUGUGAGAUUGCCACGACAGUCUAUAGGAUUCUCACUCUGGUUUUAUCACUGAUUCCCUACCUGCAGCCUUUCCCCCAUCCCUUCCCUAGUGUCAUUGGGCCAUGGUUCGCAAGAAAGGUUCUCUGAUACUAUGCGGUGCUUUCCUGUUUGUCGCCUGGAAUGCUUUGCUUCUACUGUAUCUUUGGGGUCGUCCUCCCAUCGGCCGCCUCGGAGAAGGUGGUGGAGCCGAACCAGGAGGAAAGGAGGAGUGGGGCGUGGGCAGAGGGAAAGGAGGUCGGGUCAACUUGGCCGGGGAGGUGAUCCGGCUGGCAGAGGAGGUUGAAGUUCAGCUGGAGACCCAGAAAAAGCUCCUGAAGCAGAUUGAAAGUCACAGAGCAGUGUGGGCUCGGCAGAAAGACGUCGGGAAAAGAGAAACGGAGGAUACGAAAGAAAUCAAACAAGAGGUUGUUCACCAGCCACAGAAGGCUCUACUGCCUGUGGGGAACAGUGUGGAUGAUGGGGACCAGGUAAAACACACACCAAAGCCUGCUGCUACAGUAGCUCCAGACUCUAAGUCAGAACAGCAGCAGGCUGUGGAAAUAAAGGAAGAGACUGAUGAGAAGCACAAAUUGACCUCUUCCACAGCCAGUCCAGAAGUCAUCAUACCCAUUCUAGUUAUUGCUUGUGACAGAGUGACGGUAAAAAGGAGCCUCGACAGACUAAUACAAUACCGGCCUUCUAAAGAACUCUAUCCAAUCAUUGUCAGCCAGGACUGCGGCCACGCUGAGACAGCUCGUGUCAUUGGCUCAUAUGGAGAUCAAGUGACGCACAUUAGCCAACCGGACCUGUCGGACAUCAGGGUCCGACCAGAGCACAGGAAGUUCCAGGGCUACUACAAAAUUUCCAGACAUUAUCACUGGGCACUCAAUCAAGUGUUCAACACGUUCUCCCAGUCCACUGUGGUCAUAGUGGAGGACGACCUGGAGGUGGCCCCGGACUUCUUUGAGUAUUUCCGAGCCUUGUACCCGAUCCUGCGCUCUGACCCCACCCUGUGGUGUGUUUCUGCGUGGAACGACAACGGCAGAGAUGCCUUGGUGGAUCCAUCCAAAGCUGAGCUGCUCUACAGAACAGACUUCUUCCCCGGUCUGGGCUGGAUGCUGCUUAAGGAGAUGUGGGACGAACUUGAACCAAAAUGGCCCUCGGCCUUCUGGGAUGACUGGAUGCGUCAACCGGAGCAGCGCAAGGACCGCUCCUGCAUCCGGCCCGAAAUCUCCCGGACCAUCACCUUUGGCCGGAAAGGUGUCAGUUUAGGUCAAUUCUUUGACCAGUACCUUCGUUACAUUAAGCUUAACACAGAAUUUGUGCCUUUUACCAAACAGGAUUUGUCUUAUUUGCUAAAAGAGAAGUAUGAUGAAAAGUUUAAAAAAGAGGUUUACAGCGCGCCUCUGGUGAGGAUCGAGGACCUGCAGCAAGCGGGCAGCUUAAAAGGCCUUGGACCAUACAGGGUGGAGUACUCAAGCCGAGACAGUUUUAAAGUCUUUGCUCGAAAUCUGGGGGUGAUGGAUGACUUGAAAUCCGGAGUUCCUCGUACAGGUUAUAGAGGCGUAGUCAGUUUCCUGUACCGGGGUCGAAGGGUGUUCUUGGCUCCACCAGAGGGCUGGAAGCAGUAUGACGUCAGCUGGAGCUGAGAUACUGAUCCAGAGUGAUCCAGAUUGAACAAUGUGAAUGGUGUUGAGGAGGGAGAGAGCCUUACUCAGAGGAACACCCUCUCAGACCAAAGAGUACAAGCAGACGCAGUGGUUCAUGACAGAAUGAAAGCAACACAGAGGAGGCUGCACGUGAGUGGAGCGGGGGACCAAGCGUUCACCCAAACCUCCCCGUUAGAAAAGCCUCUGAAAUAGGGUUCUCAUUCAGGAUCAGCAAGUUCAACAGCCACACAGACUUCAGUUCAAACUUUUAGGAAAAGAAAAUGCCACAUUUAGACACUGUUUCAAAACAGCUACUGGCAAUGUGCCUUGCUUUCUGGGCCCACUUUGUUUGGUGUAUUUUUUAUUCUUGUGAAUAACUGGCCAAAUGUAGAUGAAACAUCACAUUCAGAUGUUUGCAGCAGCUGCAAAUGAAGUUUGGUAGCAGCAAAUUCCUUGAGUUGUUAACAGAAAGAGCCUGAGUUUCUGUGCUGAUGAUUCACUGGAGGCCAAACAAAAGCAGACUCGGGAGAAAACAGUGUUAUGUAUUAAUCUUUGGUUAUCUCUUCAGUUAGCAAAGAUUUUGCUAGAAGCUGUUGAAACUGAUCCAACUCUUUGGAUCAUGUUGAUGUUGAAGUCUAUAAACUAAUCAGAAGCAGAUUUGUGUGGAAAGGAAAAUAAAACGGUUUGACAGAGUGUUAGGUGGCACUCAGAGGUCGUGUGCACUGCACUCGUUCUUUGAAAUCACAGCCCUCAGGGUUUACAUUAAACAUGAAGGGUCUCUACAGCAAUUUUACACAGAGAAGAAACAGAAGCAGUGUCCCAAAUUACAGUAGUCCUCACAACGGACCAGCAAACUCUGAGCUCACUCAUCUUCAGUCUCUGAGCGGCUCUUAAUUGUUUUAAGAAUCCUAUAAAGUGUCAGGUAGGUGCAAAAUAACCACAAACAUGACUUCAAACAUGUCAUCUACUGGAGUCAAUACAAACCAUGUGAGAUUUUUUUGUUAGUCUCUGGUAUAGACUGUGUAAAAAGAUGGAUGACGCGCCCCCAUUUCCCACUGCUAUGCAGUGAGGCCAAAAUAUCCCGGAUACGGCUGCUGCCAUCAUGUGCUGGUGACAUCAUUCAAAGCCGAAGUCUGCGCAGUAGCGAUAUCCGCAGUGGGGGAGUUCCCACCAAAACACCCGUCCGAACAAUCACAAGCAGCCCGAUUGAAUGCAAGCACAUGGCACAUGGAUUGGCUGUCACAGCUGUCAAUUAUGGCGAAAACCCCCUUUUUUUUGUAGAAUUGAAUAACUCAUUAAAACGGAACUUAUCAUAAAAACAAUCUCUAACAUGGAGGGGCGGGCUUUAAGACCUAUACUGCAGUCAGUCACCAGGGGGCGAAACAGAUUGAAAUCUACACUUUGGGGGAACUGUCAUGUUGUCCAUCUUAAUAAAGUCUAUGGUCUCUUGAGUGCUAUAAAGUAUAGAAAGGAGACAGCAGUUUUAUUCAGAGCUGUUAUAUAAUAAUAAUAUUAUAAUGUAAUACAGCAUGUGUCUCGUAAAGGCAGCACUGAGAGCCCUGCACACUCCUGCAAUGGAGCACAGACAACAUCCUCCAGCUUCUUUGCAUGGUUUAUAUUGACUGUAAUGAAAGCACUUUUCUCAGUCAAAGUAAAUCAUGUGUUUUGUUAUUUUACACCUGCCUGCUUUACAGAGGGCUUAGAACAGGGGUCGGCAACCUGCGGCCGCAGAGCCCCAUGCAGCUCUUAAGCCUCUCUCCACUGACUCCCUGUGGCUUUAGCACAAAAAUCAUAUGAUCAUAUGUUCUUAACAUUUAACAAACAAUAUUUAACAUUUUGUCAACAAAAAUAUCUGUCAAAUAGCCUUUGGCUUUUUCCGUUUGAAGUCUUCACAGUUGGGCUAUAUGCAGACUCCAAAUCCAAAAAAGUGAAAGUCUUUGAGGAAAAUAGAGAAUUUUAUAGUGAGUGUACAAGAUUUUUCGCUUUUGCCGCCAACUCAAAGUUAAAAUACCAAGUAAACCAACACAGGCACAGGGAGAACAUGCAAACUCCACACAGAAGGGCCCCUGCAUACGGACCGAACCCUGUUUCAACCUGGGAUCAAACCAGGGACCCUCUUGCUGUGAGGCAACAGUGCUAACCACGACACCACUGUGCCACCCUGGCUGUGAAGUCAUUAGUGUAGAAUGAGGGCCUCAGUUGGUAUUAAAUGGUCGUAAUCAUCACGAGUCUUAAAAAACAUGACGACAUGGAAAGUAGGACUUGAUGAAUUAUUUUUUUCCUUUCUCAG